AUGUUGGAAAUUAAACACAGCCAAAGUCAAGAAAUUAUCAAAGUUAAUUAUUUUUGGCUAAGGGAUCAUUGCAGAUGUCCGCGUUGCUAUAAUGCUGAGACAAAACAAAAACGCUAUAAUUUAUUGGAUAUACCCAGGGAAAUAAAACCGGAGGCUGGUGGUGUGAAAUAUUUAAAGGAUGGUCUUGUAUUGGAAGUAACAUGGAACGAUGGUCAUGUUUCGGAAUAUGGCAUUGAUUUCAUAUUCAAUUCUCAGUUGCCGCAAUUGAUAAAACGUAAAAGCAAUUCUACACUCAAAACACCCUGGAAUUUGCCCAUCAUUUUACAGAAUGAAAGACAUUGCCGUUUCCGUUUUACUGAAUUGUUGAGUUCCGAUUCUGUGGUUAGAGACUAUGUAGCCGCCUUGGUACGUUAUGGCAUUGCCUUCAUCGAUAAUGUUCCGGCCAAUACCACAAUGACCGAAAUGGCUGUACGUCGUGUUUUCCCCGUUAUGAAAACCUUUUUCGGUGAAAUGUUUACCUUUAGUGAUGCUGCCGAUCAUGCUGAUACUGCCUACACCAAAGAGUAUUUAGGUUCCCAUACUGAUAAUACAUAUUUUUGUGAUGCUGCCGGUCUGCAGGUUCUUCAUUGCUUGCAACAUUUGAACGGUGAGGGUGGUGAGAAUUUCUUUGUCGAUGGCCUGCACUGUGCUCUGGAAUUGAAGCGAAGAAAUCCCAAAGCCUUUGAAUUGCUGACACGAGUCCAUUUGCCAGCUGAAUACAUUGAAGAGGGCCAACAUCACACGCAUUCGGCACCAAUGAUACGUUUGGAUCCCGUGACACAAGAAAUUAUUCAAUUACGUCUGAAUGUUUAUGAUCGCGCCGUAUUCAAUACCAUACCCCAAGAGGAGAUGUUCGAAUUCUAUGAAGCAUUUUGUGAAUUUUUAGAAAUUGUACAAAGUCCCGAUAAUCAAUGGCGUUUUAAGUUAUAUCCGGGUACGAUUGUGGUUUUCGACAAUUGGCGUGUUUAUCAUGGCCGUUAUUCGUAUACUGGUUCAAGGACAAUGACUGGAUGUUAUAUACAGAGAACUGAUUUUCUAAGCAAGGCUAGAAUAUUGGGAAUUAUUGAUUGA